AGCCCACAGCAGCUCACCCAAACUUACAAUAAAUCUGGGUUGCGACUAUCAUGAUGGUUUCUCUUCUGUUUGCGUUCUUCGUGGCGUUCUGCCGGCUUCAGUGAUCUCAUGGAAUGCACGUUGAAUUUUUCUUCAAGAAAACGUUUGCACUCGAAUGCUCUCUCACCCAGACUGCAGCCUCUACAUGGGUCCAUUUGAGUGAACUUUAUUUUAAAAUGUACAUCGUGGGAUUUUGGAUGUGAUGCAAGGCAUCGAUGCUGCACUGAAGGAGAAGGAAAAUGCGAUUGCCAUCAAUAAUUUGGAUUCUGCACUUCAUGAAUCUUACAAAAGGCCUUGAUGACGCAAGACGUAGCUCCUCCGUGAGCAGACUCUGUCCGUCAGGUUGUGUGACCUGCUCUGCCCUGAACGGCUGUCUGUCCUGUAAACCUCGUCUCUUCUUUCACUUGGAGCUGGACGGGAUGCGGCAAAGGGGCGCCUGUCUGUCCACUUGUCCCCGGGGUCACUAUGGCAAGCGCUCUCCGCACAUCAGCGCCUGCACCAGGUGUAAGGAGGAAUGCGCCUCCUGUUUCAGUGAAAGUUUCUGCACACAUUGCCGCCCAGGUCACUUCCUGUUCCGCGGAAAAUGUGAAAACAGCUGUCCAAAUGGGCUGACGGCAAACGCAGUACUGCGAGAAUGCACAGACUGUUCUCCAGGCUGCGAGUUGUGUGUGAGGAGGAACAUGUGUGUGAGAUGCAGAGCAGAGCUGUACUUUCUCCACGGCCAGUGCCAUCAAACCUGCCCAACGGUAUUCGAACCUGAUGUGCAGCUGAUGCAAUGCGUCCUCCCCGUGCACUGUGAGGUCGGAGGAUGGACAUCUUGGGGUCCAUGUGUUCGGAAAAAGAGCAAGCAGGCCUUCAGGAGGGGACAGGAGACACGUAUCCGACAAGUUCUGCAGCAUCCAAGUGUUUACGGUGACCCCUGCCCUCAUGUGUCAGAGAUCAGGAAGUGUGUUGUCAAAAAGAGACUGAAGAGUCGACCCAGGUUCUAAUAAGUUAAAAGGGAGCCCCUUAUAGACUUUUAGUUGAAAUUUCAGAGAUAUUCAGAUUGUUAUUGCACAUUU